UCAUUGCAUGGGAUCCCCUCAUAUCUGGUUGCCAGCAGGUCUAUUUCUGUCAGAAAGAGCAGCUUUUGCAGUUGUCUACCCUGGGAUGCAGUCCCUUAGAAGCCUUUUGCUCUGGCCUGUGUCAGUCAGGGCCCUACAUGUUGCUCAGCUGGUGACUGUAGCCUCCAUAACUCCUGGUGCCUGGUUCAGUCCCCAGAUUCCUGGGGUUCCCCUGGCAGUACACAGAGCUGUAGUGUGCAGGCUGCUUUCCUAGCACCUAAUGUGUGCUAGAAGCUUUUGCAGAAUGGUUGCCAGCCAGUGCUCAGGGGCUUGGCCAAGGGCAGAGAAGUGAUUAAUGCAGCAAAUACUGCUGUUCCAUAUUAAUAAAGGGCCCGGGAGAGGCCUGUAUCUCCUCUGCUAAUUAGGGGACACCAGUCUCCCUAGGCCAAGAAAAAGGAGUAGCCAGCUGGUGGCACUGGAUUGCCCCACAGGCAGCUCCCUGUGCAGCGCUUGGAAGCUGGAAACUGCCAGGUGUGUGUGCCCCAAGUGGGUGUCAGCAGCGUUCCUACCUAAACCAUGCCUGAGGGAUUCUGAGGCUGCAGGGAUCACAGCCUUGUUGCCUCAGCACCUGAAAGUGGGGACGUAGUUCCACAUGCACUUCCCUAAUGGGCCACCACAGUUGGGGACCACAGGACUGUGGUGGAGGGAAUUUGUGUUGCCACCUGAGCUGACAAGGCCCUGCAACAUGGCAACAGCAGCACGGAAAAGCCACGAGCAAGGGACUGUGCUCCUUUUGCUGAGUAUUUUAGCAGAGGAAGAUGCUGAAGACUGCAAAGUCUGUGAAGUGUUGGUGGGGGUCACUCCUGGGGGCAGUGUGGUACUGAGAUGAGAUGCAAGAGUCUGGUUUUGGAGGUGUUGAGAGGGAGGCAAAGGCAGGUGGUGAGGGACAGGAACAGCCCUGCAGCUGUGGCUGCACAGAGAGACAUGCACCAGCACAGGAAGGGCUCUGAGCAGGUGGUGGGGCCCAGGCAGGACCAUGCAGCAGGACCUGAAGGUGAGGAAGUAGGAAGAGGGGGUAGCAGGAGCACCUGGGAGGGGCUGUGUCCCCUGCCCCACCCGCUUGGUGUCCUGGGCAACUGGGGUGGCUACUCUGUGACCUCACUGCAGAACUGGUGGAACCUGUCAGUGUGCACCAUGCUGCGCUGGCUUCUGCUGCUUGCCCUGCUGCUGGGGGCUGCCCUCUCACAGCCUGUGCGCCAGAGGGUCAGCUACUCAGUCCCUGAGGACUUCUCUGCUCCCCUGGAGCUUCCGCAGAAGCACUUUGGCCUGGUGGAUGAUUACGGCAUCAAACCCAAGCAGCCGCGCUUCCGAACCCGGGCGGCCCGGGAGCGGCCGGCGGUGCUGCGCAGAGCUGGCAAAAGCAAGCGUGAUGGUCUCGACUUGCUGGAGUACUACGACGAUGCCCACCUGUGAGCCAGCGUGCCUCUGUGCCCACCA